AUGUAUUCCAAGAGAAAUGGGAGAUUCUACUUGCCUGGUCCUGGAGGCCACCACUUGCUGUCCUUUGAUAGUUUGAUCUUAACUUCGACAAGAACGACUACAAGCCUGAGUUCCAUAAAUUGCUUUUUCGAAACUUUCCAGAGCCACCCGAGUCUGAGUGGGAUCUGCCGGAGCUGUUUUCUUCUUCUUCCAAGAUGGAACACCUCGUGGAGGCACCUUCCGGAGGUGAACGUUUCCUCGUCAAAUGGUAUAUAUAUACACUCUAGUCUCUCUACUCUCUAUACAUACGCCUACAGCAGUUUUGGCUUCGAAAAAAGUCUCAAUGUAACGCAGCUGUUCGUGGUGUUUAGAGAAGAGGAGACAACAGAGGGAAGAUGCAUGUGUUACACUGAUGACAUUGGAGAUAUGUGCAUCUUCAUUUGGAAGGGCGAGACAUUUUGCGUCCCGGCAAGCUCUUUCCCUGGACUCGUACCAAACUCCAUCUAUUUUAUAGGCUUUGGCUCAGGUAUCUACGACCUCACCACCAAAACCGCUUUUAAUUUUCAAGCUCCCAAAGGUUCACUGGAUCAGAUUUUGGCCCCUUACUGGUUUCAUCCAUCUUCUAGCUAG